UUUUUUUUUUUUGUUUUUUUCAUAAAAGAAUACAAAAACAAAAAUCACCAUCAAACGUGUAAGCUUAACCAGAUGACACCCCCUGCCCCUCUUCAUACCCAGCUGCUAUAGCUAUAGCCAUGAAACCCAUUUCUCGAAUCUUUCCUUCCACCAUGAGAGCUCGCUGAUUUCCAAGUUGGGUUUCGAUAAUCAUCGCUACUUUUCUUUCUUUUUUUUUUUUUUAUCCUCCUUUUGGAAAGGGGAAAAGGGCGCGUGGAAUCUCAGGAGAUUAGUGUUUUUCUUCUUUUUUUUUUUUUUCGAAGAGUAGCGAUGGAAAAUGGAGUGGAAAAGGCGAUGGCCGCGAGGAAGCGAGGCGGAGGAGGAGGAGGCGGCGGAGGAGUGGAAGGAGAGAGGACGUACAAAGGGAUAAGGAUGAGGAAGUGGGGGAAAUGGGUGGCUGAGAUAAGAGAACCUAAUAAGCGGUCAAGGAUUUGGCUCGGCUCCUAUUCGACUCCUGUGGCGGCGGCUAGGGCCUAUGACACUGCGGUUUUCUAUUUGAGAGGACCGUCGGCGAGGCUUAAUUUUCCUGAAUAUUUGGCGGGAGAAAAUAUCGGCGGAAGUUGCGGAGACAUGUCGGCCGCCUCAAUAAGGAAAAAAGCGACCGAGGUUGGAGCUAGAGUCGACGCUGCUUUAAAUCACCACCACAAUCACCACCAUAGCCAUCACCACCAUAGCCACCACCACGAGCACCAUCGAAGUAGCAGUAGCAGUAGUAAUAGUACUAAUAACAAUAGCAGCAGCAACCACAAAUCUGUGGUGGAUAGUUCAGAAUUCAAGUCGUUUGUGGAACGGGUCGACUUGAAUAAGAUGCCCGACCCGGAAGACUCGGAUGCUGACUGGGAAAGGAAUUAGGAGGAAAGGAAACAAACAAGUCUCUCCCCUUCAUGUUAUUUUCUUUUUCUUCUUCUCCUCCUCCUUGUGGACUAGUAGUGGCUAUAAUCAUGAUAGCCGCUAACAUGCGACUGGGAGGUAUGAUAAGAUUAUGGCUGAUGAAAUGAUGAGGCCUAAUUAAUUAAAAUAUGUGGAUUAAUCAUAUCUUAGUAGUAUAAGUUUAUGUUUAUCCUAUUUACAUUUUAUUUUCUUUUUUUUUUUUUUUCUUUUGGUAAGAAAAAUUUUGCCCUUGUAAAAUUGAUAAAUGUAUAUUAGUUGGUGAUGAUUUAUUUA